AUGCUACAGCUGGAUUCGAACAAUGCAUUAGCUCAACUUUUAUUGGGUCAAUCAAGCCUUCUGGAUCAACCGCAGCAUCAGGAACCAUUACCGACACACAUAGGACCUCCGAACAACGAUUUUACUUCGUCUGUCUCGAUAGGAAAUCAUCCAUUGGUCUCUUCAACUGCACAUUCUCAUAUGGAAAAUGGGCAGAUGGUGCAAGCCAACCAAACUCUCCGAACAGGCAUUGCACAAACAACAAUUCAAACGUCAUCGGAAAUAUCACUUGCUGCUCGUAGCUUUGCCACCACACGUUAUCCGUUCGCUCCUUUCCAUGUAAUCUUCAAAUCCGCUAUCAAGGACCGAUCGGCCAUUGACGAUAUUGUCAAGUAUGUGAAGAACGAACACAAUUUUGAUUUGAAAAUCGCGGCAUAUCGUCAUAAACUCAGCAAAAAUGGCUAUUCUUUACUUGUCUUCGUUGAAAACAUUGAGGCAUUUUGUUUCCUAAAUAAAGAUCUUAACUGGCCAAGCCUAUUAGCUGAAGCCGAAUACACCAUUAAAAAACCCUCGAUCCCACCACAACUGUGUCUAAUUGUAUUGAAUGUUUCGUUGAAUACUGACUGGGAGGAAUUUGUUGGCGAUGUGAAGGAACGAUAUCCUGAGGUGGUUAAUGUCAUUCGGCUGAAGAAUCGCAACCAACGACCAGUACCAACGGUAAAGAUUGAAACUUCAUGUGCAACUACACGUGAAUCUAUUCUUCAACUAAAACAAAUGAACAUAGGCUACAUCAACUACAAAGUCACCGACUAUCUAGCACCUGCACAGGUACUAUUAUGUGGUAACUGCUAUGAGAUAGGUCACUUUCAGAAAAACUGCCCACUGAAGGAUGAAACCAUUUGUAAAACGUGUGGUGAAAAAUACCGAGAUAUUAAAGAACACGUAUGUUCAGGACAAGCAAAAUGUAUUAGGUGCGGCGAAAAUCAUAAGUCAUCGGAUCCAAAAUGUCAAAUGGUGAAAUCCUAUCGUCCGGCGCUCACGCGUAACCUGUUACAACAUCCUGUGGAGAACUCCAAAAGAUACGCCAAUGACAUAUCCCCUGNUUUUUGUGAACAUUUUCUACAACAAAUGCUUUGGCGUCUGCUUCAAUUUCCGGAUAUACGUAUAUCAUAA